UCGAUCGAUGAUUUUUAUUUUUUUAUUUUUCGUAUGAGCCUGCAUACAUAUAGUAAAAGCUUUAUCAAAACAAAUGGAAAUUUUCUUUUCUGUCUUUUUUUUCAUCAAUAGAAUUUUUCUUCCUCCUUGAAUUUAAACCAUAGUUGAAAGUUUAAUAAGCCCAUGAAACAUCGCCGUCUGAUCUGUGGAGUAGUAUAUAAAGGAGAAGAAAACCUAAUGAGAAAACCAAAAAGCGAUCAACUUUAGAAAAACUAAUGGGUCACAAGGGUGCGAAGGAUAAGAAUCUGAAGGCGAAGAAGAAAACUAAAAAGCUAGGAACGGUAGAAAACCUAAUGGAUCGCGACGGUGCGACUAAGAAUAAGGAUCUGAAGGCGGAUGAAACCGAAAAGCCAAUAGUGUUGUCUUUGCCCGAAGCUGCGGCAAAGAUGGAUCCUUCACAUCUUGCUGUCUUCCUCGACGUUCCGAGUGUGACGGACAUGGAUGUAUUGAGAUUUUACUUUUACUUUGAGAAAGAAUUUGCCCAAGUAUCAUGGAAAUGGGUAAAGAUGUUCAACGAGUCUCCUUUGUCCACUCUCAUCGAUGUUCCUUUAUCUCAUAUUCCGGAGCCUCUCUACGAAUUAUCAGUCGAUUGGAUCAAACCACGUGAAGUUGAGUAUAUCUCGCAUAUCGUAUUGUGGAUUUGUGAUCGUAUUCUGUACAAUUUGGUGGCUGAAGGUGGUGACAAUGCUCCACCAUCUGUUUGGCCAAAAUCGCAGGCCGCACAUUUUGUUGUAUUGGCUAUGGUAUUGCGUGCUAGACCUGAUUCUUUGAUUGAGGUUUUGCCCUCACUGAGGGAUAAACAUACGUACCAAGGACCCGACAAGCUUCCCCUUAUAGUUUGGAUGAUGGCUCAGGCCUCUCGAGGUGAUUUGUCCGCCGGCUUGUAUUCAUGGAUGUGUAACUUGCUACCGCUAGUCAGUAAUAACAAGAGCUGCUGCCCUCAGUCAUUGGAUCUCGUUCUUCAAUUCGCUGAGUACAUCUUGUCUCGUCCGGAAGCUCUCACUAUACUUGUAAAUGGAGGUGGUGUUAUGGAAGGACAGCGGCUGGUUCCACUUCCUUCACUUGACAUCUUGCUGCGCCUCACAUUCCCUGCUCCAUCUGCAAGAGUUGAGACUACAGAGAGGUUUGAGGCAAUAUAUCCCUUGCUGAAGGACGUGGCUCUUGCACCAGAGGCAGAGAGGGCAGGAAGAGGAAGAUAUGCCAUGAAACGUAUACUCACCUUUGCCUUGACGUUAGCUGGAGAAGAAGGGAAUCCUGUUGUUUUAGCCAAGGAAGCUACCUCAAUCGCUAUCAGGGCCCUAUCAGAAAACGUGUACUGCUUUGACCACUGGGACAAAAUUUAUGUGGAUAAUCCAGAAGCAAGUGUUGCGCUUCUCAAGAAGCUUGUAGACGACAAUCAGUUCCUCAGACUAUCAACAUCACCAAGCGAUAUUCUCACUGUCAUUGUCCAUGAAACUAUGGAGAGCUUCAGGCGUAAGAACAAAAGAGCCAUCGCUGAAGGAGGAGCCAAUUGUGCUCUUUACAAAGAAGCUGACAAGUACUGCAGACUGAUCUCUUGGAGACUCUGCUUCAGAUUGACACCCAUUAAUGCUUUGGUUCCAGCUGCUGUCGGAGCUGCUGUCGGAGCUACUGGUGCAGCUCUUAUUGCAGGAGUUUCUUUGGUGUCACCAUCACUAUAGAUAAUGCCAAGAGAAGAAACUUAUGUAGGCAUAAAACCGUUAGUACUGUUUCUAGCUUAAGACCGAGCUUCAAGUGCUAGUGAAAAGCAAAUAGAGCUGGUAGCUUGUAAAUGCGCCUUUUCCUCUUAAAUUAAAUCUUCAUAUUUCAUUUUA